AUGGAUCUUGCACCUUUUAAGUUGAGCUGUCAGCUUGUUCUUUUGGUCUUGGUUACAUUUGGUCGCUGUUUGGAUUUGCAUUCACGCACUCCCUCAUGUCUUAAUAUGGCAGAACAAUCUAAAUGGAACCGCUCGUUUCACUUCAAAAACCAAGAGCUUAGUUUGAAAUUAGAGGUUUCAAAUCGGUCCUCACACUGGAUUAUUAAUUACAUAUUCGAGAUUUUGGCGCGUGAAAGACUUGGAUAUCAGUAUAUCGAGUUUGUAAAACGGGAUACGGACAAUCCGAAUCAAGCAAUCAGUAGAUUAGACUGCAAAGAUGCGAACUGUUUCACAUUUCCGGACGUCCACAUAAAUCUUGAACUGUGGCUUUCUUUGGGAACUACAACAAACUUUUGGGCGCCGCAUAGUAGAGUGACGGAUAAUGGACCUUUAGGCCCAGUUAACCGGUGGGCAGUUUCAUCUGAGGAAGAGUUUGUAUCGCAGUUGUCCACAAUGACAAAGAUACAAACAGAGUCGAACUGUAACCGUAAAGAUGAGCGGAGUGAUUCUCAUAUUUCCUCUUCACAAAUCGACAUUCGCCCGGAAUGUGAUCUAGAUAUGUGCCAUCCUUCCAAGUUUCGUAAUGACUUCAUUCAUUAUUUCACUGGAUCAAAAGUUUCUUCUAAACAGUCUUCACAUUCGGCUGUGCAACGUACUUCAUCGUCUGUCAUGUCAAUCAUAAACUGGUAUCCACAUGGAAUUGGUGCAUCACCACUUCCUUCCGCACUACAUUUCUUUGGCAAAAAACCCCAGUUAAACUCUACUGUACUGCAGUCUGUAUUUGAUAGGAUACUUCAUUGUAACCAACUGGAUUCAAAUUCUGUACCAGACUUACAGGACUCCAAAAAAAAGUCUUUUUGUCGGUUGGAAUCGCAACAGGCUACAAAGUUAUCAUGGGCCAAACUAAAGAAUACUGUUCCUCUGAUUCAUCAGUUAGUUGACCGAAUGUACUUUUCCCAGUCAGAGUAUGAAGAUUUACUUAAAUCAGCAAACAACUUAAAUCCAACUUUUGGUCAGAAUCUGCAAUCUCAUUAUCGAGAUAUUGCAUGUAAGUGGAUCCGUUUGUCUCCAACUCGUUGGUCUUCGUGGACUGAAGGGUGGAAUCAAAAGCAAAAUCUCACGGUUGCUGGACUUUUUCCUUUCUAUGGAAAGUGGGUUGUUUCAAAUUUAGAUCAUGUUGCUGAACAGGCGAUCAACUUCGUUAAUAAUAACCCGGAUUACUUCAGCAAUACUGAAUACGCCCUCACGUUGGAUAUUCGGAAUCUUACCUGUUCUCAGGAUGUUGUACUAAAUGAUUACUUUGAGUUGCUGACGAAAUCAGAGAGCAGAAAGAUCAUAGGAGUGAUUGCUGCCCUGUGUUCCGAUUCAAUAGAACCAGUUGUUGAGGUAGCUAAUAUGCGUCAUCAGAUUGUUGUUAGCCCUACUGUUGAAUCAGUUCGUUUUGCAAAACGUCGUCGCUAUCCGUAUUUCUUUCGUACUGUUCCUUCGAUGACACAUGUAAGCCUAAUUUUAAUCAGACUGUUCAGUAGUUGGGGUUGGCGUCGCGUUGCUGUGUUUCGAGAAGAUGAUCAUUUUUUGAUCCUUUAG